AUGCCUAGUCAGACUCAAACUGCCGUUAUCCUACAAAAGAAGGGCCUCAUCGAAUUCGGUGAAAAGCCCAUCCCUGCCCUCACAGACGAGCAUUGGGUAAAAGUUCAAAUUAAAGCCACUGGUAUCUGUGGUUCUGAUGUUCACUUCUACAAAUAUGGGUCCAUUGGAGACUUUGUUGUCAAGUCGCCCAUGGUCCUGGGCCAUGAAAGCUCUGGUAUCAUUGCUGAAGUGGGUUCUGCUGUUAAGACUUUAAAAGUUGGUGAUAGAGUAGCUCUGGAACCAGGUUAUCCUAGUAGGUACACUGAGGCCACCAUGUCAGGCCAUUAUAAUUUGUGUCCCUUUAUGCAUUUCGCAGCUACUCCUCCUUGCGAUGGUACUUUGACCAAAUACUAUUUAACACCUUUUGAUUUUGUUUACAAAUUGCCUGAUAAUGUCUCCUAUGAAGAGGGUGCCUUGUUGGAACCAUUAUCUGUUGGAGUUCAUGCCAAUAAACAGGCUGGUACCAGAUUUGGUGAUAAAGUUGUUGUAUUUGGUGCGGGACCAGUGGGGUUAUUGAAUGGUGCGGUCGCUAAGGUUUUUGGGGCAUUGCAGGUUGUAUUCAUUGACGUUGUUGACGAGAAAUUAGAGAGAGCCAAGCAUUUUGGUGCCACCGCAGUGAUCAAUUCGUCCAAGUUGAGAAUUAAUGAUGAAUUCGAAUUGGCUGUUGCCAUUAAAGAGAAACUGGGUGGUGUCGACCCUGACAUUGUGUUGGAAUGUACUGGUGCAGAACCCUGUAUUCGUGCUGGUAUUAGAGCAUUAAAAACAGGUGGGACAUUUGUGCAAGUUGGGAUGGGUAAAGAUGAUGCUAACAUUCCAAUCACCCAAUUUUCCUGUAGAGAAAUUACCUUGAAGGGAUGCUUCAGGUACUGUCAUGGUGAUUACCAGAAUGCUUUAGACUUGGUAGCCACUGGUAAGAUCCCAGUGAAGUUAUUGGUCACUCGCAGAUUUACUUUUGAUGAGGCAGUCAAAGCAUAUAUGUUUAAUGCUGAGCACGCAGAGGAAGUGGUCAAAUCUAUCAUCUCAGGACCAGAGUAA